AUGACAUUGCAGGCUCCUCACCAUCCUUACAAACCGAAUAAGAAUUUGGUCAAGCAUAAUGAUCCCAUAUGUGUAUCCAUUCAUGGUGCAAACCCUCCCGGUCACACUCCUACCGAUCAAUGUGACUAUGAGAUUGAGUAUGCAGAUCAUUGUUCAUCCUUGGGAGUGCUGGUCAGAGACGCAUUUCAAGUAAAAUACACUAAUGGUACCUCCAUUGCUCCUCCUCUGGUGUUUGGUUGUGGGUAUGAUCAAGAAGUCCCACGCUCUGGGCAUUAUACAGAUGGAAUUCUCGGUCUAGGAAAUGGAAAAUCAAGCAUACUAUCACAGAUGAGUAGCAUGGGUUUAAUCCGGAAUGUAGUAGGUCAUUGUUUAAGCGGACAAGGUGGAGGUUUUCUUUUCCUUGGAAAUGACAUUGUCCCGUCUUCUGGGAUUGUUUGGUUACCUAUCAGACGUGUAUCUUCAGAGAAAGAGUAUUCUUUGGGACCAGCAGAUGUCCUAUUUGGUGGGCAGGCAACUGGAAUAAAGGGUAUACCGAUAAUUUUAGACAGUGGAACUACCUUUACCUACUUCAAUUCCGAAGCUUACAAGACCCUGUUGUCUUUGAUUAAGAAAAACAUAGACACAAAGCAACUGACUGAUGCAGUGGACGACAAAAGUUUGCCCGUCUGCUGGAAAGGCUCCAAACCUUUCAAAUCCCUUAAAGAUGCUACGAUGUACUUCAAGCCAUUGACACUUAGUUUCACAAAAGCUAAGAAUAUUCAGCUUCAACUGUUACCUGAGGCUUAUCUUAUUCUUACUGUAAGUGCCUUUUAA